AUGGCCAAUUGUCAGUUGUAUGCAAAAGCUCCAAUCGGCUCAAAACUGGGAAAUGUGACCAAAUUCAGCCUGAGGCAGAAAUUCGUCUUGCAGUUGGACGAGACUCUCGGGCGUCCGACCAUCCCCAGGUACCACUUACAUAAGCCACUAUCCACCAGCCACCGGGCGGUCCCGUGGCUCAGGCAGUGUGGCACAUGCUGGAAGCUCUCCGAGCAUCAUCGUUCUUGUUUCCCCCAAAGCUGGAGUGAGCAGCAACUGUCAACCCUACCUGAAGCUUCAAUCUCCAUCAGCUUGACCCUCUGUCCUCACCCUUGGAGUACUUUUGGUGAAAUUCCCACGCAUUCACUGGACCCUCUCACUCUCCUCAUCACCUCGUCGCUUCCAUCACCAUGCCGGCCACAACGGCGGACACGCUAUCCCUCGUCAACCGCUCCGUCACGGUUGACAGUCCUCUCACGUCCGUUCUCUCACGUCGCGGACACUAGCACAGCCAAGGGCACUCGGAAACGUGUUGUUGGUGUAUUGCUGGGUGAGAACUCGGGCGACAAUGUGCGAGUGUCCAAUAGUUUCGCAGUACCCUUUGAGGAGGAUGAGAAGGACCCGUCGGUCUGGUUCUUGGAUCACAACUUUGUCGAGUCGAUGAGGGAUAUGUUCAAGAAGAUCAAUGCUCGAGAGAAGCUGGUUGGCUGGUAUCACUCUGGUCCGAAGCUGCGCGCUUCUGACCUGGAGAUUAACGAACUCUUCAAGAAAUAUACCCCCAACCCAUUGUUGGUGAUUGUCGACGUACAGCCCAAGGAGGUCGGCGUACCAACAGAUGCUUACUUUGCCGUGGACGAGAUUAAGGAUGACGGAACCACCACCUCAAGAACCUUUGUCCACACCCCAUCGAUAAUUGAGGCGGAAGAAGCCGAAGAGAUUGGUGUGGAACAUUUGCUCCGAGACAUCAGAGACGUUGCCGUCGGGACACUUUCCACUCGCAUCACUUCACAGCUGCAGUCCUUGCAGGGACUGCACCUCCGACUGCGCGAUAUCGGCCAAUAUCUCCAAAAGGUCCUCGACCACGAACUGCCCGUCAACCACGCCAUUUUGGGUAAUCUCCAGGAUGUCUUCAACCUCCUCCCCAACCUGUCCACUCCAUCCAACACACAACGGAUCAGUGGGCAGGAACCUGCGUCCGAGAACAGCGAACUGGCGCGGGCGAUGAGCGUCAAGACCAACGACCAGCUGAUGGCCAUCUACAUCAGCAGUCUAAUCCGCGCCAUCACCGCCUUCCAUGAUCUGAUUGAGAACAAGAUCCAGAACCGCCAACAGCAAGAGGAGAAUGACUCGAAGCGCGAGCAGGAGGCCAACGCUGCCAAGGGUGACAAGGAGGGCAAGGAAAGCAAGAAGGAGAAUAGUCCUUCGGGUGGCGAAUCCAAGGAGGAGCAGGAUACCUCGGACAAGAGCAAGAAGAAGAGCUAA